AUGCUUAGCAACUUGAAACCCUUGCCCUCCUCCUAUCGUAGCGUCAACUAUGCCCUACGUUGCUAUUCAGCCUCGUCGCCACCCAAACGUCCCACACAAUUGACAGAUGAAAUCAUACGUGUCGAUCAUGCUGGAGAACUAGGUGCUGAUCGCAUCUAUGCUGGACAAAUGGCCGUUUUGGGCAACGGUCCAAUGGGCAAGACCAUAGCCCAUAUGUGGGAACAAGAGAAGGGACAUCGUCGUCAAUUUGAAGAACUCAUUAAUAAACAUCGGGUUCGGCCAACAGUUAUGACACCAAUAUGGAAUGUUGCUGGAUUUUUGUUGGGAGCGGGUACUGCCUUAAUGGGUGAAAAAGCCGCUAUGGCAUGUACUGUUGCUGUUGAAACCGUCAUUGUGGAACAUUAUAAUGAACAACUGAGGCAAAUAAUGGAGUCACCACAACCCGAUAAGGAACUCCUCGCAACAAUUACAAAAUUCCGUGAUGAGGAACAAGAACAUCAUGAUACUGGUAUAGAUUGUGGCGCUGAGCAGGCACCGUUCUACAAGGCAAUGACCGAAGUUAUUAAGGUGGGAUGUAAGACAGCCAUUGCAAUAUCGAAAAAGAUCUAAUCAUCAUCAUCAGUAUACUACGAAUGUUGUUAUUGUAAAUAUGUCCUAAUUUUCAAACAUUUUGAUAUAAUCUUCUUUUAAAUUUAAGUUUUA